UGAGUCGUUGAGCAUGGCCGGCCAAGCGGGAAUAAAGGCCAAGCGAGAGUCUCACUAACAACGUGUGUCACUGUCCAGGACAACCAUGUCAGACUUACACACUCACAUACUCAGGAAAUAGACGUAACUUGUGGAUUUCAAUCAUGUUUGACAGAUUGUUUAUUUCAUCAACCCGCGUGGAAUGUUCAUCCGCCUAAUCAAACACUUCAGAGUUGACGUCACCAAGCGGACAGAAUGGCCGACCAACUGGUCUCUAGCCAGAGCGUCUGUGAGAGCGAUAUUCAGCCACACAUCAACGGAGGUACGUUCAGACUCAACGUCGGAUACGAGAAUGAGGCUUUCGAAGAAUCAUCAACAGACCCUACACCAGAAGUUCAAAAUGGACAUGCGCCAAAUGCCGAAAAUGGGACUACUUCCGCCAUACGACUUCCACCACCGCCGUCAAAAAAAGACAUUUUAGCACAGAAAACUGCCUCUGCACAACCACCUACAGAGCCAUCCACGACCCCAAACCAAGCCCCGACAUCCGGGUACUCGUUACCAGUUGUUUACGACAACAGAAGUGGGAACAAUGUUGUAAUACAAGAACGGGUUGUGGUACCUCAGUCGGAUGGAACACGUGAAAUACAGACUCGCGCAAUUCCAGAAAGAUGGCGAGAUUUAGAUCGACCGCUACGCCAAAAACAGUUAAAAUUCUUGAAGGUCUUUGGAACUAUAGCAAUUUUCUUCUUCUUUCCGACCGGCAUCCCCGCCUGUUACUACGCCUUCAAGGCAAAGACUGAGUUUGACGAAGGAAUCAUGAGGGGCAACAUCGACAGGGCGGCCAAGUACGCCAAAAGGGCCGAGCGGUUGAUCAUUAUGUCGGGGAUCCUCGCCCUUGUCUUCGGUAUUUUGGUAUUUGCAAUGAUUGAACGUUCAAUGAAUCCAGAGAGGUACACAACCUGGCACUCGGGUGGUAUUGCUGGGCAGGGAUGAAGGGAUGACUAGGGUAGAGGAUAUGUACCGUAUUCGACGUAAUAAGCGCCCAGGGCGCUCUCAACAUUAGAAAUAGGGGGCACUUAUUAGAAUAUUAUUUUGGUGAAACAAACAGAGUUAAAGGAUAAAUUUCGUGGUUUAUAU